UCUCUUUGUUUUUCCCUCUCAAUGGCAAGAAGAAUGUCCCUCGCAGCAGGAGGACUACUGGCCACCAUUGUUCUAGUCCUAUUCCAUCAAAGCUGCGGUGCAGGGGAUAGUCAUCACUGUACUCCUUCUUCCUGUGGUAAUAUCCACAACAUAAGCUAUCCAUUUCGAUUAACAGGCGAUCCAGCAAACUGCGGCCAUCAAAAUUAUAGCCUUUCAUGCGAGAACAACCAAACUGUGUUAAACUUGUUUGCUGGAAGAUUUUACGUGCGGGAAAUCAAUUACAGUUCGUAUACAAUUCGAGUCGUAGACUCGGGUAUUCAAGAUGGUAAUCUCUCCUUCAUCCCUCGCUAUUUUCUGAACCGUGCUAAUUUCAGCUUAGGGGAUCCUUAUAUCACAAGUCAUCCAUUUAAUGUAUAUGGCCAAUGUAAAGGUGAGUGGUUCGGGGCACCAACGGACCUCAUUGGACCAUGGCCAGAGGGUGUGGUUUUCCUGAACUGCGAAAAGCCACUGAAAUCUGGGUCUUUUUUUAACAUUUCUACUUGCUCUAAGAAUUCUUCUUUAUCCCAGUCCAAGAGAUACAGAUACGUUAAGUUUGGCUCCCCGACGACAACGGAUGUGGAGGACUUGUGUCAAAUAGAGCAAAUGACUCUGACAUUGUCGAAAGAACAGCACCCAAUUAGAACCUUGACUGGCUGUACAAAUGUUUACAAUGAACUGGCCUACGGAUUUGAGCUUUCAUGGUUCCGCGCAACUUGUGAUAACCUCACAGAACAUGGCGAUUGCCACAUUGCGAAUUAUCCCGUUAACUGCCCCUUAGUUCAAGACCUGGUAAGAUUCUAAGAACGUCAUAAAAAAAGGCACAAAGUUUCUCACUUCCUAAUUUUCCUCCCCUUGGCUUCUUAGUUACUAAUUCAGUAUCUUACUUUUGCACAUUUCUAUGUCUGAUUUUGAUCAACAACAUCAAUAUAUUCAAAAGCAGAAUAAACUUCUUGGUGGAUCCCACUACACUGUUUAUGUAAAUAAAAGGAUAUUCUGGAGUGUAUACCCAUUGCAGUUUAGGAUUAUACUGGCUAGAAUUUGAACUCUAAGGUU